CCCAACCACAGCGAAAGAGCCGCAUCAAGACAUCAACUAAGGUGAGCUCCCUAAAAGCAGGCAAGCCGAGUGCAUAGUGGGUGUUACAAUCAGUCUUCAUAUUGCACUCAUCCGACCUUCACAACGAUACCUGCAGAGCGGAGACGUAGGAACCGCAAGCAUGCCGUCCACCAUCCCGAUCGGGGCACUCCGUCCCCUAUUUCCUGCGAUCUUCAAGAAUUCCGAGUACAUCUUUGCCGAGAAUGCUGGCGGCAGUCAGGUGCUCGGCUCUGUUGUCGAUUGCAUUAGCGACUACCUUCUGACGACAAACGUGCAGAUGGGCAACUAUGCUCUCGCCCAGAGCGCCGGAUGGCGCGUUGAUCAAGGCUUAGCGGCAGCGGCAUUCUACGCCCAUGCCUCGAGUACAGACGAGGUCAUGGUUGGCGCUUCGGCAACGCAGCUCGCUGAGACACUCUCGCGCAUGAUCGAGGAGACCGUGAUCAAACAGCGGGCAGGCAUGUACCAAGGCCAGGAGCCGACGUGGGAGGAAGGUGAUGAGAUCAUCAUCAGUCAGGCUGAUCAUGAAGCCAAUCGGGGCGCUUGGAAGCGUCUGGCAGCACGCCAGAAUCUUGUGAUCAAAGAAUGGCCCGUCACGAAGAUCGCCUCUCAAUCCGAGAGGAAUUUGUACGCCGUCGAGUUGUCCGUCGCGGCGCUGGCGCCGUUGCUCACGCCACGCACGCGUCUGGUCGCAUUCACAGGCUGCUCGAAUGUGCUCGGCGGCUUUACCCCCGUGGCAGAGGCGGCAAGACUCGUCAAGGAGCGAACGCAAGGGCGCGCGUACGUCGCGAUUGAUGCCGUCGCCUUGGCACCGCACCGCCCGGUGCGGCCUGCGAGUGGAGAGUGGAAGGACGUCGACUUUGUGUUGUGGUCGUGGUACAAGGUCUAUGGUCCACACACGGGCUCGUUGUACAUCGCUCCGCGCGCGUCCGCGCAGCUGCUUUCGAAGCUCAACCACCAUUUCCUUCACGGCAGCCAGGGUUCCUUCACGUUCCAGCCGAGCAGCCGGCAGUAUGAACUCAUUGCAAGCAUCAAGGUGGUCGUCGAGUACCUGGCCUGGCUAGGAGAGGGCCCAGCAGCGGGGUCGAAGCCUAAGGAGAUCGACUGGGCAUCGCUCUUCGGCGAUGACGGGGGCAGCGGUGGUCGCAAGCAGGUACAGCAGUCGCUGCACACCGCAUUCGCGCUGGUCGCUGCACACGAAGAAUCGUUACUGCACAUCCUCAUCGGCUUCCUUACGAGCGAAAAAAUGCGUUCACGCGGCGUGCGCAUUGUCGGUAGCGAGAGUGCGAAAGCGCAGAACCGCGCGCCGACGGUCUCAUUCGUCAUAGCUGCAUCUGGUGGCAAGCCUGCGGUUCGGAGCGCCGAGCUGUGUGCUGCUGUGAACAAGAAGGGCAAGUUCGGUGCGCAGCUGGGGCACAUGUAUGCGUACGCACUCGUGGACGCGCUCGGCUUGACCGUGGACGACGGCGUGGUGCGGGUGAGCCUGGUGCACUACAACACUGUCGAGGAGGCGAAGGAGGUGUGCAAGGAGAUCGAAGAGGCUAUCGACAGCUUUGCCUGAUCGCGCCAACAAGUGAGAGAACAGCGCAAAACACUACUCUUGAUGGAACGCUCGAAAUCCGAUGAAGGCACUCUGGACUAUGGGGUAGCAAUGCAAUUAGCAC